AUGAUCUUCGUCAGAACUCUUUCGGGUCAGACAUUGGCCUUUGAUGUCAACGAUGUUCUUAGCAUCAAGUCCCUGAUCGCUGCACGAGAAGGAAUUGCUGUCGAAGACCAGAGGCUUAUCUACGCCGGUCGUCAGCUCACGGAUGAUGAUGAGGUCGAAGCAGACUCGACUCUUCACUUGUCGCUAAGCCUGCUCGGAGGUGCUAAGAAGAGAAAGAAGAAGGUUUACACAACCCCAAAGAAGAUCAAGCAUAAGAGAAAGAAGGUCAAGCUCGCUGUGUUGAAGUACUAUGAGGUCGAUGACAAUGGUAAAAUCCGCCGUCUUCGCAAGGAGUGCCAAUCACCAUCGUGCGGUGGAGGAGUAUUCAUGGCUGCUCAUGAGAACAGAUACUAUUGCGGUCGCUGCCACGAUACCCUCGUCGUUGAAGAACCCGUUGCCUCCACGAAAGGAA